AUGGCGACAAAAUCUAUUGAAUGUUUGCCCAAUGAACUUUGGUUAUUAUUUAUGAGUUUCCUUUCACCAAUCGAUCUUUAUCGACCACUAGUUGGUCUCAAUCAUCGUAUUGAUUGUUUACUUUUUGCCAUGACUCCACGCCCAAUUCUCGAUACAUCUCAAUGUGGUGAUAGUAGUAUUCAUCUGUCUGAUAUGCGUCAAUUACUUGAAGGGAAAGAUAAUUGGUCAAAAUGUCUUGUUUCAUCGAUCGAAACUAUUCGUCUUAGUGGUACACUUGCUAGCGAUGUACUUUCCGACCAUUAUCAAUCUCCUAUACACCUUUCGUCCAUCAAUACUUCUUUCUCAAUUUUAUUUCCUUCACUCCGUCGAUUAUAUGUGACAGAAGAGGCUAUAAAUCGAAUUGAUAUAUUAAAACUUUUUCUUCCACUGCCAAAGGCACUUCGUUACGUUAAUUUUACAUUUAAAACGCCUUCAGCAUAUUCAUCGUACUGCGAAACGCUCUAUAAAUUCAUUGUCCAUGGACUUUCAUUUUAUAGUAUGGUAUUCGACGUCAAAAAUGGUAAAUUUCUUAAAUAA